AAACACAAGGUUUACGUGGCUUGUCAGUCGAUGCUUAUUGUGCUUGUGGGAGCGGUGCCCGAGUAUCACACAGACCAAGAAGGAAUUCCAGCGAGCAGAGCUGAGCUUGCCAAGCAUAUCCGUUUUGCAGACAACUUCACAUCUAUAGUCACCGAGUGGUACCUAAUCGAACAAGAAGCCUACAAAGUGAGCCUUGCAUCGUCCCUGUUUUUUGCUGGAUUGCUUAUUGGAAAUAUCACAUUUGGCCCUUUGUCUGAUAAACUGGGCAGGAAACCAGUGUUUAUCUCAGGUCUGUUUUUUGAUGUCGUUUUGGGGUAUGUCACAGCAUUAGCUCCAAAUUAUGACAUAUUUGCAGUUUCACGUUUUUUUGUUGGAAUUGUGAAUGGUGGAAUGGCUCUUGUGGCUUUUGUCCUAACCCAAGAAUAUGUAGGAAAAUCAUUUUGGUCAUUUACAGGUUCGUUAACUAACUUGACAUUUGCAGUUGGCAUCGCUGCUUACGCCUUGCUGGGUUACUGUGUGCGAGAGUGGCGCUACCUUGCCUUGGUGUCGAAUACGCCGGGAGUCGUCUUCCUCCUUCUGUCUUUUAUGCUCCCGGAAUCACCACGGUGGCUGUAUUCCCAAGGGAAGAUGGCAGAAGCCGAAGAUGUGUUGCAAUAUAUUGCCCUUGGUAAUGGAAAAGAGAGGUUAAAUCUAAAACUAAAACCAAGCGCAGGAACUUUGAGGAAGGCCGAUUCGGCACCUGGUAUCCUCAACUUAGUAAAACACCCGGUCCUUCGGUGGCGAACCGUCGUGCUGAUGUACAUCUGGUAUGUCUGCAGCUUUGUGUACUAUGGACUAACUUUAAAUGCUGGUGAAUUAAGAGGAAAUCUGUAUUUAAAUGUGGCUCUUUCUGGUCUUGUUGAAGUUCCAGCAUUUCCUCUCUGCAUGUUUUUUAUUGAGAAAUCCUGGUCUGGAAGACGUAAAACUAUGACAUGUUUUCUGAUAUUUGCAGGAUUAUCCUGUGUGUUUACCAUGUUUUUACCAACAAGUGCUGGUCUGCUCUUCAGUCCCACUUUGUUAGCUUUGUGUGGAAAAAUGAUGGUCAGCGCCGCGUUCAACAUCGUGUAUAUUUAUACAUCUGAGCUAUACCCGACAGUACUGAGGAAUGCUGGCUUGGGUGUCUGUUCCAUGUCUUGCAGAUUUGGGGGCAUUUUGGCUCCGUUUGUGCCAUCUAUGAAAUCUCUUAGUCCUUCGGUACCGUUGGUGGUGUUUGGAAUCAGUGGACUGUCAGCGGGAUUCCUGACUCUCCUUCUGCCAGAAACACUAAAUAAGCCAAUUGCUGAGACCAUUGAAGAUCUCCAGAGUCCCAGAUACCAAGCAAACCAGUUAGAAGAAACCAGUUACGUUUCAGAAGGUCUGUCUGGGGUGGAAAAUGAAGCCUCCAUUGAGAAGGUGCUGUAA